AUGUCGAAAACCAUGGCGACAGGAGGAUUGUUCUCUUUUCAGCGCGUCUUGGAGUCAUUCAAGAGCCAGUUAGGGCCUAGCCUUGCGGCAGAAUUUGAGAUGACAUCUCUCGCAGAUCUUAAGCGCUCCAUCGCCAAGAUUGAAAGGAAGCAAGCUACAGAAAGACGACUGCAGAAUAUGGGACGGCUGUCCAACUUCGUUGAAAUUAUGGAUAAUUACGGCAAAGUCAUAGAGAUCUUCUUGAAUGUAACUGAUGUUCUAGCAUUUGUUUGGGGACCGAUGAAGUUUCUGCUACAGGUUGCUAGCUCUGUGUCCGAAGCAUUCAACGAGCUCCUAACUACUUACAAAAUCAUUGGAGAAAGCCUACCCCUUCUAGAAAAGUGUGAAGGACUCCUAGAUGGGAACCCCUGCGUACAACAGGCGCUAGAAUCGAUGUUCCACGAUAUCCUAGAGUUUCAUCGAACAGCACUCACCUAUUUCAGAAAGCCUAUGUGGAAACAGCUAUUUCAGGCCACCUGGUCUACUUACAAGAUGAAAUUCGGUCCGAUUGUGGAUAGUUUGAAGCGCCACAAACAACUUUUUGGAGACAGAGUGACCUUCACACAGCUUGAGGAAAUUCGUUCGAUUGGGCUAAAAACUUCAGAAGAUUUGGAGAAACAGAGAAAAAGCGAAGAAAUGAGUCAGCUUAGGGAGGUUCAAUGUUGGCUGAACGGUGCAGACGUUGUGACCGAUCAAGAUACGUUGACCCGCGCUCGAUCUGGUAAUCCGCAAGCCGGAACAUGGCUUUUACGCCAUGAACUCUUUCGCUCAUGGAAGGAAAGGAAUAAAAAUCCUAUCCUUUGGGUGAAUGGUAUCCCAGGAGCUGGGAAAACUGUUCUAGCUUCAAUCAUGAUUGACGACUGUCUCAAAAUCCAAUCGAAAUGUACGAUUUGGUUUUACUUCAAGAAUGGCGACAUGCAAAAAGAUUCCUUCCUUUCCUUUGCAUGCAGUGUUAUAUCACAGCUUCUGGAGAAGAAUACAGAUUUACUGCCUUACGUUCACGGAGAAAUGUGUCGCAAAGGCAAGAGAGCACUUUCCUCAGAGUCGUUGGCGAAAGAGCUGCUUGAGUUGAUGAUAAGAAAUUCCGGAGAAGUUUGCAUCGUCGUUGAUGGCCUUGACGAGUGCAGCAAAGUAGAAAGAAGGAAAGUUAUUGAAUGGAUGCGCUUGGUUAUUGAACCUUCUCAGCAUUCCACCUCUGAUUAUAUUCAAUGUGUCUUUAUUUCGCAGAGGGAUGGGAUCACCGCGAAGGCUUUGCGUGAUGUUCCAAGUUUGCAAAUCAACACUAAAAAUACGCACAAUGACAUAUUUGCUUUUGUGUCGUCCCGAGGUUUAGACAUCAAAAACAAAUUUCAUCUUUCUGAUGAAACUAUGCAAAGCAUAGUUCAACUUGUGAUGGAAAAAGCUGGAGGAAUGUUUCUCCUUGCGAAACUUGUCAUGAAUAAUCUCUUUUCUCAAAUCUCCCCGGUUGCGCUUUUCAAGGAGUUAGAAGCAAAAGAAAUACCGACCCAGAUCGAGGAGGCAUACGAGCGAAUCCUGAACAACAUUCUUGUUGAACAUUCUCUCCGUGCCCAUGCUCUACAACUACUAGCAUGGCUAGUAUGCGCAAAACGUCAACUCUGGUGGCGAGAAGUGCAGGGUGCGGUGUCAAUUGACCUCGAAACUGAAGACGUAGACCCUGAAAGCCGUCAAUGGAUUCUGGACUUUAGAGAUAUAUGCGAUUCACUCGUUGAAGUCAGAACUGACGGCUCACUUGAACUUGUUCAUUCAACUGCGAAGUUGCAAGUACCUUCCAAAUUUCUUGUUCAAUCAAAACUCGUGAACGUCAGACGAGAGGAGUUGAAUAUGGCACGCCUCUGUGUGGGCUACCUAGCUCUUCCAGGGUUUGAAACAUCGCAGCCGGAUGAGUCGAUUUUAGUCCUUAUCAAUCAUGGGUAUUAUUCGUUUCUAGACUACGCAGCAUGCUUCUGGUCCUUGCAUCUCCAGGAAGGCCUAAAGUGCAGCAUAGAUCGGGAAACUGCUGUUUCACUGGUUGAAGUUCUUUCAAAAUUUCUGGAAUCGCACUACCGGUCUUCUGAGAAGGAAAUCAACAUUCCCUCUUCUGCACAUGAAUUAGAGAGGCGACUUCAAGAACAUGAUGCCUGGUCUGCUUCCGGGCAAUUCUUGGAUGCCUUUGUCUCCACACAGAAACAACUAUGCUGUUUCAGCGAAGAUGCAACAUCAAAUGAUUCUCUCGAUAUACCUUGUGUUAUUGCCCGCAUCAGGAAGCUCCUGGAAACAACGGCCUCAGGGAAUCAAGACGACACAAAGGUCGACCCCAAGGAUGAGCUAUUUUGCAAAGAGAAUUUCCAAGACUCAAGAACAUACCGUAUGCAUAAAUGCAUUCGCCCGUCUCCAUUCCAGCGUGAAUCAUCUGAAUCCAUGAAAUUCAACGUGAUGCCUCCCGAGAUGGCUACCCAGUCCUUCCCUGGAUCCAACAUGCGACCCCCCAGCUCUAACCCGGCCUUCCCUGGAGCUCCUGAUACUUCCCCGUUCGACCUCGACUUCAGCGCACUAGAAAACCCAGACGUCCUAGACAACUUCGACUUUGACACGUUCCUCAACACGGACGCCGACGCCACAGGCUUCGGGUUCGACCCCUUUUUAUCCUACUCGGCCGACGGUGUUGAGACAGGAGCCAGAGAACUGUGA